AUGGAAAAAGAAAAUUUAGAGGAACACGUGACUCUUUCUAGAUCCGUCUCAGUGAAACUCAACAUUUCUUUGACUGUGUUGGUUGAGGAAUUUGAGACUACUUGGACCCCGGAAAGUGGAGACUAUUCGAGAAAACUGGUUGAGUUUUGCUGUUCCAGGGCUCUGAUUGACAUGUGUUGUAACAUACAAGAACAAAUCAGUGAUGGCUCCUUCACUCGCCUUUCCUUUGAUAUCAUGCUUGCUUGGGAGAAUCCUAGUUCGACUGACCAAAAAGAAGCCUCAUUUUCGGAAAAUUUGGCCAAAGAGAAAGAGGACGAGAAGGUCCCUACGAAUCUAAAUCAAGAAGAUGAAGACAUUCCUCUUUUCUAUUCAGACCUCAUGCCACUUCUUGUUGAUGAUGGACCUAGUGUUGGAGAAGGUGCAUUUGUGUGGUUAGCUACAGUUGUUCCAAUCAUAGCAGAUGUUGUCAAUGCAAAAUUUACUUUCGAAACUCUGACUGCAACAACCCUUAACCGGCUUCAUUACCCUGCUUAUAAUGUUUAUCUUCAAGAAAUUGACAGGUGCGUUAAACAGUUGCAAAGGCAAGAUAUUCCUGCUGGAGUUAAGCUAGCAGAUGAUGAAUUUAUACUGCAUGUGGAGGGAACUGCAAGCACUUCGAGGGUAGUGCGUCAUAUUGGAGGAGCUAGUUGGCCUGGUAGGCUAACAUUGACCAAUUAUGCUCUCUACUUUGAGGCUUCUGGAGUUCUAGCCUAUGAAGAUGCUCUGAAACUUGACCUUUCGAAGGGAACUGAAAAGAGUGUGAAACCAGCUGCCACGGGUCCAUGGGGUGCUCCUCUUUUUGACAAGGCCAUUGUAUAUGAAUCUCCGGAGCUGGAAGAAAGUAUUGUGUUGGAAUUUCCAGAGAUGACAAGUUCCACUAGACGCGAUCACUGGCUUGCAAUCGUGAAAGAGGUUCUUCUGUUGCAUUUAUUCCUAACAAAAUUUCAAGUGGGAUCUCCACUGGAAGUCUGGGAGAUGCAUGCAAGGACCAUCCUUGGGAUAAUCCGCCUCCACGCAGCUCGGGAAAUGCUUCGAACGUCACCGCCAGCUCCAAAAAGUUUCUUGAUCUUCUCCUUGCUUGAGGUGUUACCUAAAGGAGAUAUUGUACUGGAAGAGCUCGCCAAGUGUAUAAUGAACGUCUCCGGUGGGCACUCAUGCAGUGCUAGCUCAAUUUUAAGGAAUUUGAAUGUCUCACAAGCAAGUGCUCCGAGUAUGGGGAACGGAGAAAUUGCUGAGAGAAUUGAAAGCUUGAAUAGACAAGCAGAAAAUCUUUCGUCAUUGGAGAGCGCCAUUGAUCAAGUUAGAGAGGAAGCAAAAGAAUCUGGUAUUGCCAAAGCUACAGUUGAAGGGAUUAAAGAGGAAGGAGUUUCUGAAAGUGCUGCUGUUCUCAAGGAGCUACUAAAACCUAUCAGUACUGCAUUAUGGCCUUGGUUUCAAAAGGUUAUAAUGUGGCAAAAACCGGAGACCACUAUACUUGUGAUCGGCAUUACACUCUUAAUCAUCUACAAGGAGUGGAUUGGAAUCGCUAUAGCAGCUUUAUUAUUGUGGAUGGUGGGUAAGAUGAUACAAGCGAGACGGAACAGGAUGGGCGAAAAAUAUGACAAACUAGUGGUUUGCACUGCAUCUGAUAAAUCAGCAGUUGAGAGUGUGGUGUCGGCACAACAUGGAUUGCUAACUGCAAGUGAGAUGUUGCGGUUAGCCAACAUCUCAAUACUUAAAGCUUGGUCCAUAUUCUUCUCCAAGGCACCGAAGCAUACAGACAUGGUGAUGAUGGCCAUGACAGGGCUAGCCAUUUUCUUAGCUGUGGUUCCCUUCAAGUUUAUACUUAUGGUCCUCGUGCUGUGUUUAUUCACAUCGACAUCAAAGCCAAAGCUGCCAAAGCGCGCACAAAGCGUUCAAGGAAACAAGGGAAGCAGACGUUUGAAAGAAUGGUGGGACUCCAUUCCUGUCAUUCCUGUGGAGAUUCUUAACAAACUACCCGAAGAAACAACGUAGAUUAGCAGAUCAUAGUAUUAUCUCAACGCAUUAAUGUCUAUCUUCCCUAUAAAACUACUAAUCUAUCUCAACAUCAAAUCCUCGGAGAACUACAAUAUGUACAAUAUAUAUGUCAAUAUGGUAAUGUUUUAUAUGGUGUACA